AUGAUCUGGGUCCAGGCGAGGCCCCCGCGCUGGGGAUCCUACGCCGAGGGCGGCGAGGACGACCUGGGCGAUUUCGCGCGCCAGCGCGAGAGGCAGGCGGAGUUCGAGCGGCAGCAGGCGAGAGAGGAAUUCGACCGCAUUAUGGCAGAGAACCAGCGGCGCUGGGCUGAGGAGCGGCGAGCGCGAGAGCAGGAGGAGCGGGCGCGGGCAGAGGCCCGGCGGCGGGACCAGGAGUCCAGGCAGCGCGAGCGCGAGCGGCAGGAGGAGGAGAGCAGCCAGAGGUUCCGGCGCGAGAGGGAGGAGUACGAGCGUUGGCGGCAGCGCAACGCCGCCCCGCCGCCUCGUCCCCCGCCGAGCUACGCCUACUUCCGCCCAGGGGUCUCCGACGCGCUCAGGUCCCUGGGCCUCCCGCCCGGGCCGGUGCCGCCGGUGGCGGACAUCAAGAACCGCGACAGGCAGGCAGAGGCCACCGCCGAGUUCCAGCGGGUGAAGCAGGCGUUCGACCUGCUGGUAUCCCGCGAGCACGGUGUCCGGAAGGAGGCGCGGACAACGGCCUGCAAGUGCCAGUGUCAUGUACAGUCCGCUACACUCCACGUUCCUUAUGCGCAUGAGCUGGCGGCUCUGCAGUCAGAGCCUUUGAUCGUCCUAGGGCGCCUCACGCGGUUCUUGGACUGGCUCGGGUCGCUCCCCUUCCAGGGCGCCCUCGCGCUCGCGGCGGGAACGGCGGGCAUGCUGGCCGUGGUCGGGCCCUCCUCCUUCGCGCGCCUCUUCCUUGCGCUCUGGGGUUCGACGGUCGCGGCCCUCCUGGCCGGUGCCGCGUUCGCGCUCCUCGUGGACAGAACGGCCGGUGGCGGGAACCUGGGAAGCUUCACCGACGCGGUGGUGACCCUCGUUCAGGGAGGCGAAGGACGAGGGAGCGACCUCGUCGGCUGCCUCGUCUGGCUCGUGCUGACAGUGCUCGGCAUCGUGCGCUGGGCCACCAGUUUCGAGUGCGCGCUCUACGCACUGCUGGACGAGGUGAAGAUGGAUGCGGAUGGGACUCUGCUCAUCGACGACCGGGACAACCUUCGCCUGCCCCUCGUAGACAGCGCGCACAAGGAGGUGGCAAACGGUAGAAGUGCUAGACGGUAGCAGUUUCCUGACCCCCUCGCGUCGUGACAAAAGUCACGAUGCUAUGGGUUCGUUCUGAAUUGUUUUUUGCAGUCGCGACCUUUUCUGUCGUUCUCUCUACCUCUAUCUCUCCCUCUCUCCGACCUCCCCAGCCACGCCGCAGGUGCCCACAGACCCUUCUCAGUAGCAUCCGUGGCUUAUGCCUCGAGGCGCGUCUGCACACGACAGCGUAAUUAUUUGUGGCGAGCAGGUUCAGCGUCAUUCAUGCGAUCCACAGGCCAUGCAGAAGUAGUGCGACAUCCUUCCAGCAGGUGCCCCGUGUGGGCGGUCAGCUGACUUUUGAAGAACAUUCCGGCAGAGUUGGGUCUAAGCGAUGGGUGCGGGGCCUGGGCUACAGCGCGCUCACAAUGGGCAUCCCCGCUCCAGAAGCAAUGGCCUGCGCAAGAAUAUGGAUGGACACUUACCGCCCGCAUGCAAAGCCGCGAAGACGCGCGCGGCAGGUCUUCCUGCCAGAGUUUGGCCGAGAUUGGUUGUGACCGCUCCAGCCCCAUCGUGCCUUCAGGAAGGCAGGCCCUCAUGAUUGCGUGGGCACCUCCUUUGUGUGGACUGGAACUCCUGUUCCCCCCCCCCCCGGGUGGUACAUUGAGGAGUAUGUGACAUGCGCCGUUCCAUCACGCGGCAAAGCGUCUCCUUCGCGCGUGCAUGAACUAAAGCUUUCAGCGAGCGCAGGCGAGUAUAGCAUUAGUUACAGUAUCCAAUACUCCACUCAGUGCCUGCGGCGCGGUGGCGCACCAGUUACAGCUUCGGUUAUGACCCUGUGCGUCUUUAUCCCUUGCUCUUGUAUACUUCUACUUUGUCACCUCGCUGGCCGAUGACGACCCAAUCCUGGACGACCCAUCCUACGCAGCCAUUUGCAAGUGCGGAUGGCGGAUAGCGCAG